AUGAAAUUUAUUCUGAAGAUGACUCGCAUUGAUCGCGACUUCGACCUUCUACCGAAAUGGCUGCAUUGUUCACGAAGUCUCGUGCCAGAUUUUGUCAUCAAAGACCCUCAAGCAGCUCCUGUCUGGGAAAUCACAGGCAUUAAUUAUAAAAACCGAGCACUAAACGUUUCAGGGGCAGAGUUUUCCAAAUCAGAAAAUCACUCGGCUGGUGGGAUAUCCAUUCGCUUCCCACGUGUGACACGCAUACGAAAAGACAAAGAUUGGAAGAGUGCUACAAGUUUGGCGGAAUUGAAGAACCUCUAUGAUUGCUCAAAGACAAAAACCGACCUCGAUCGUUCUGUAGAGGAUGAGACUCCUUUGUAUGCCAAAGAGGGCAUGGAUCACGGUGAUAUCGAAAAGCUGGCCGAGGGCAAGCUGGGAGAUUCGGCAAACGAAAAGAAUGAAGCUGUUGGCGCCAGUGCAGAGAGCUCUGGAAGUAACAAAAGGAAACAUAGUGAGGAGGACGAAUCGGAGGAAGUGGAAGCGAAAAAGACGAAAACGGAAGACGACAAUGAACAAUGUCCGCCUGGAAAGACGCCAUGCAAGUGA